AUGGCGAUUUCCCCGCAAACACUGUUGGAAACCCCGGUUGUACAAUAUGGAAUGGAGCCUCAGCAAGUUCCAAGUUCAUCAAGCAACACUGCUAGAAAGGAAACCGGUCCUCCUCUCGCCCAAUCUACCGAAGCACGUUUCCGACUCCGGAGAGGAUUUCUAUCCUUACCAAUCGAAUUGCGAUACGAGAUUUAUUCGUUCUUACUCGUAGUGGACCCAAGCAUGGAUGCCUCCGAUGAUCUAAACAAGCCUCUGGACAAAGUGUUUUGUCUUCAGAUUCUGCAGCUUAAUAGACAGAUUCGUGAGGAAGCAUUACAUGUAGUGCUGCACAAGAACGUGUGGAUUCACUUCCAGAUAGGACCUAUCACCGUAUCGCAAUAUGAUAGCUAUCAUAUAUACCAGCUUGGGGAUAACAGACGUUAUUCCCAGCCGAAUAUUCCCGUCAAUGGGUUUUUGGCCGAAAGAGUGAGGCAAAGACUUGCCGCAGACGUGAAAAUUACCCAGGAGUCGGAAUUAGUGGAGGAGCCGAUGUGGGAUGCAGGGGAGAGAGCUGAAGUCCGUAAAGACAUCCUCUUUGCAUACAAUGAGGGUCGCUAUAACCAUCUGUGCCAUCUAAUCCGGAGAUUCGGAUCCCGCGCCAUCAAGUGUCUUAACAUUUCUGUCCGUUUCCCGGAGCAUAAAUUCUGGAGACUGCAGAGCUCGAACAUGCGACUAGGGCUCGUAGAAUUAUUGCUUCGGACCAAGAACACCCUUUCGUUCACAAUCCACGGAGCUGCAGAGUUACAGGAUAGCUUCAAAAUUGCAGCAGAUGAAUGGCGGUCAUACUCGCAGAAUGUUUGUGCUUCAAAACAAUUCAACGACGAACUAGAGGAAAUUAUAUCAGAGUCUGCAAUUGAGUUAAGCCGAGGCCUUUACAACGGCGUCAGAUGUCGUCUCAGUUACGUUGAUGACAUUCAAGCUAUCCAUUCCCAGAUAGUUGUGGAAAAUGAUCCCGAUGAAGAGGCCCGCCAGAAGGUUUUGGAGAGGGAUUUCGUUUGUGGUCAGCGGAUUAGGGUGGCCAAGGAUAAGGAGGUUGGAUACAAUGACAUCAUCCUCGUAGAACGCGGGGAAAUAGCCGAGACCCUAAAUCGACACCGUCGCAUCCUCAACGCUCCGAAGUUCUCGAAAUAUGCCGAUGCCCACUCACUCUGCCUGCUGAGCAAUCUGGGCCGCGUAGAAGGGUAUUUGGGUGGCUAUCCGCGAACAUGUACCUUUGGCUCCGCCGUUGGGGGUCGCGACCCACUCGGCCGUGAGCAAUAUCUACACUACUUCCACGCUGCAGUUGACCUUGGAGAUACCCCUACUGGCGCUGGAGAUGAAUGGAUCGAGAGGACUCUUCCAGUUGCGAUGGGAAAGAAUUACCGGGGUGACGGCACCAGGGAGUUUAUUGAACGCGUUUCACGGGAGACGGGAGUUCUCCUCAUUGUUGGUUUGAUCGAGAGAGCGGGAGGGAGUCUGUAUUGUGCUGUGGUAUACGUUGACCCCAAGCGAGGGACGCUGGGGAAACGCAGAAAAGUCAUGCCCACUGGCAGUGAACGGCUGGUGUGGGCACAAGGAUCGCCGUCAACCCUGAAAGCGGUUGCCACCGAGAUCAAUGGGGUGAAACUUACUCUGGCAGCAGCCAUAUGCUGGGAGAAUUUCAUGCCUCUGCUACGACAGAGCCUUUAUUCUCAGAAUGUGAACCUCUAUCUUGCCCCAACUGCAGACACGCGUGAUACUUGGUUGCCGUUAAUGCGCACAGUGGCAUUUGAAGGGAGGACUGUCGUGCUCAGUGCCAACCAAUGUGUUCGGAAAAGCCAGCUCCCUUCGUGGAUCACCUCGUGUCAAGAACGCACCAAAGUUGCGAGUCAUCACACAGUCGAAGCCAGACCGUUAACCAGUCGUCGAUCGACACGGCGACACAGACAGCCUUCACUUACUACCCUAGAAGGAUCGCAUGAGAUUGUGUGGCCAUGCAAUGAUCCGAACGCAGCCACGACUGCAACUAUUACCGCAGAAGUCCUUCCUGAAGCGGACAGUGGAAUCCACCCAUCUGGGCUAGAGGACCCCGCUAGUAACUCAGCUAUCAAUGGAGUGGAAGUAGCGCGACAAGAUCCCGACCCAUUUUCCACGCGUUCACCCACGGCGCAGCCAACAGUACUCCCCCCUUCCGAAUCACAUCCAGAUUCCCCGUCUGUCCCUGAUCCUACGAAAUGUCGUAGGAAAUCUAUAAUAACGGAAAACAAGCACGAAAUCACAUGGCCAGACCGUAAAUCAGAUGCCAACAAAGGGUCGGCCUCCACCUUGUCGCUGUUAUCUGAUCCAUAUUUAUCUGCAGGUGGCUCUUGCAUAGUCGGCCCUAUGGGCGAGGUUCUAGCAGGGCCAAUCUGGCACGUCUCUGAUAGCGAUGGCGAUGAUGACUGCAGCCACAUAUUAAUCGCAGAAGUCGAUUUUGAGGAUUGUGAGAGGGGCAGGUUGGACUUAGAUGUUGCAGGGAGCUAUUCGAGGAAUGACGCUUUCAAAUUAACGGUUAAUGGUCUCGAUUUGAAUCCUCCCCCAAUUUAG